AGCCGUUCCAACCCACACAAACAGAAGCAGCAGAAAACAUAUCUCCUUGCCCCUCCCCACCAUACCCCCCCCCCCCGGGGCGCCGGCACAUUCUACACACAGCUGCUGCCUGGUAGCUAGCGUUCGCAAGUAGCAUUCGGAUACAACCAAUGGCCGUGAUGACCGACGUAUCGACCACCAGCGCGGCGCUCCGGAGUCCGGCCUCGCCGCAGGCUGUGGCAACGGUGAAGGAGGUCAACGCCGAGAAGCUCCGGUUCAUCGAGGAGAUGACCUCCAACGUGGACGCCGUGCAGGAGCGCGUGCUGGCGGAGAUCCUCGGCCGCAACACCGAGACCGAAUACCUCACCAAAUGCGGCCUCGCCGGCGCCACCGACCGCGCCACCUUCCGGGCCAAGGUGCCGAUGGCGACGUACGAGGACCUCCAGCCGUACAUCCGGCGCAUUGCCGACGGCGACCGUUCGCCCAUCCUGUCGGGGCACCCCGUCUCCGAGUUCCUCACCAGCUCCGGCACGUCGGCCGGCGAACGCAAGCUGAUGCCCACCAUCGAGGACGAGCUCAACCGCCGUCAGCUGCUGUACAGCCUCCAGAUGCCAGUAAUGAACCUGUAUGUCCCUGGGCUUGACAAAGGGAAGGUUCUCCACUUCCUCUUCGUGAAGUCGGAGACGAGGACGCCGGGCGGCCUCACGGCGCGGCCCGUCCUGACGAGCUACUACAAGAGUGAUCACUUCAAGAACCGCCCAUUCGACGCCUACAACAACUACACGAGCCCAACGGCCACCAUCCUCUGCGCGGACGCGUUCCAGAGCAUGUACGCGCAGAUGGUGUGCGGCCUGUGCCAGCGCAUCGACGUGCUGCGCGUCGGCGCCGUGUUCGCCUCCGGCCUCCUCCGCGCCAUACGCUUCUUCCAGCUCAACUGGGAGCAGCUCGCCGCCGACAUCGAGGGUGGCGCGCUCACUCCGCAAGUCACCGACCCCUCGGUUCGCGAGGCGGUCGCCGGCAUCCUCCUGCCGGAUCCCGAGCUCGCCGAGCUCAUCCGCGCCGAGUGCUCCAAGGGCGACUGGGCCGGCAUCAUCACGCGUAUUUGGCCGAACACCAAGUACCUCGACGUCAUCGUCACCGGCGCGAUGGCACAGUACAUCCCGACCCUCAAGUAUUACAGCGGCGGCCUGCCGAUGGCCUGCACCAUGUACGCGUCCUCGGAGUGCUACUUCGGCAUCAACCUCCGGCCAAUGUGCGACCCGUCGGAGGUGUCCUACACCAUCAUGCCCAACAUGGGCUACUUCGAGUUCCUCCCCGUGGACGCCGCGGCGUCCGGCGGCGACGCGAGCCAGCUGGUGGACCUCGCCGGCGUGGAGGCCGGGCGCGAGUACGAGCUGGUGAUCACCACCUACGCCGGUCUCAACCGGUACCGCGUCGGCGACGUCCUCCGCGUCACGGGGUUCCACAACGCGGCGCCGCAGUUCCAGUUCGUGCGCCGCAAGAACGUGCUGCUGUCCAUCGAGUCCGACAAGACCGACGAGGCCGAGCUGCAGCGCGCCGUCGAGCGCGCGUCCGCGCUGCUCCGCCCGCACGGCGCAACUGUCGUGGAGUACACCAGCCAGGCGUACACGAAGAGCAUCCCUGGGCACUACGUCAUCUACUGGGAGCUACUGGCCAAUGGUCCCGCCGCCGGCGCUGGCGCCGCGGUGGACAAGACGCUCGACAGGUGCUGCCUCGAGAUGGAGGAGGCCCUGAACACGGUGUACAGGCAGAGCCGCGUCGCGGACGGCUCGAUCGGGCCGCUGGAGAUCCGGGUCGUCCGGUCGGGCACCUUCGAGGAGCUGAUGGACUACGCCAUCUCCCGCGGCGCGUCCAUCAACCAGUACAAGGUCCCCCGGUGCGUGACCUUCCCGCCCAUCAUCGAGCUGCUGGACUCGCGCGUCGUGUCCAGCCACUUCAGCCCCGCGCUCCCGCACUGGACCCCGGCCGGAUCAGAGGAAUGCUCAGCUUAGACUGGAUACGGCUGCUGCAUAUUCUGCCUGGGCCAUGCUUGCAGAGGUAGAAUGUGUGUGCACCUAAAUAUUUGUUAAAUUUGUAAUUUGGAUGCCUGCUGUCAGUUAGUGGCAUGAGGGUAACUUUGUCAUGAGAGUGGAGAAAUGAAGCAACAGUCGAUGUAUGACACUAUGAUGUUACCAGUAGUAGUAGUGCUUGUCGAAUCCGUAUGAGGUAUGUGAUCAUCAAUUUUGAUCAUCUUUAACAGCUAUCUUAAA